AUGUUAGCCAUCGCAACACUUGAGCAGAAAUAUGCAUUCGAUAAAAUUGUUACAGUUGUGUAUUGUAAUAAAGGGGGUUUUUUCUUUGUGUAUGGUCAUGGGGGUACUGGAAAAACAUUUAUCUGGAACUUAAUGUCUGCUGAGAUUCACUCAAGGGGUGAUAUUGUGUUAAAAGUUGCUUCGAGUGGUAUUGCAUCUUUACUUCUUCCCAAUGGAAGAACGGCACACUCAAGGUUCAAAAUACCGCUGAAUAUAACUGAGGAUUCUGUAUGUAACAUCAAACCUGGUUCCCCUCAAGCAAUGUUGCUGUUAAAAGACAAACUUAUAAUUUGGGAUGAGGCUCCAAUGGUUAGUAGAUACUGCUAUAAAACGCUUGAUAAAUGCUUAGGUGAUAUCAUGAGGUUUCUCCAACAUAUAACAAAGAUUUACCCUUUGGAGGAAAAAUGA